CAUUAAACUUUUAUUACUAGAGAAACUAAAACAAAGCAUACUCGGACAAGAAAAAUCUCCCGCUGUUGAAUCACCCAACAAUCUUAUCAUCUUCCUCAACUUGAAACUGCAUUCUCCAUUGCCACUUUCUUCCCUCAAAAUUUUGCAAUUCUUCAAGAUAAAUGCUUGUAUGAUGAAACCUUUACUACCUUUACUUUGUUAAACAAUCUGAAAUGUACAUGUACAUCCAUCAAAGAAUGGCUUUAACAACUUCUAAGCUUUCUGAAUUGCCAUGGCACAAAACCCAUUGUUGUUCUUCUCCUUCUUCCUUUUUCAAUUCUUCUAAGCAUUCUUUUUCACUUCCAAUUAAGUUUUCUUCUAUCAAAACUACACAACCCAACAAAACCCCACAUUCUAAAUCAUCCCAAAACCCUCCAAAAACCCCUUCUUCUGCUCCUUGGCUCAAGAAGUGGCCUUCUAUUGACCCAUCUGAUAAUUCAAUUGAUGCUAAAUCGAGUAGUGAGUCGAUUUCAAGGGGUAAGUCUUUGGAAAAUAAAGGGAAUAGUGCAAUUGAGAGGAUUGUUCAUAGAUUAAGGAAUUUAGGUUUGGAAUCAGAUGAUGAUGAGGAGGAAAUGGGUGAAUUUGAUGAGGGUGGUUUAAGGGGUUUUGAAGAUGAGAAAUUGGGGGAUUUGUUGAAGAGGGAUUGGGUUAGGCCUGAUACUAUGUUAAUUGAAGAGGGCAAAACUGAUUUUGGGUUGUUGCCUUGGGAGAGGGAGGAGGAAGAUAUGGGGGAAAUUGGGCAGUACAAAGAUAGUGAACCGAAGGCGAAACGGGUUGUUAAACCACCUACAUUGGCUGAAUUGACUAUUGAGGAGUCUGAGUUGAAGAGAUUGAGAGGACAAGGAAUGGUUUUGAGAGACAAAGUUAAUGUACCUAAAGCUGGCCUUACUCAGGCUGUGCUGAAGAAUAUUCAUGAUAAAUGGAGAAAAUCAGAGUUGGUUAGGCUUAAAUUUCAUGAAGAUUUAGCUCAUGAUAUGAAGACUGCCCAUAUUCUUGUAGAGUGCCGGACUGGAGGAUUAGUUAUAUGGAGAUCUGGAAGUGUUAUGGUGGUUUAUCGGGGAGUUAACUAUGAUGGGCCAUCCUCUAAAUCUAUGGCAAAUACAGCUUCUGUAGAUAUAGCAGUAGCAGAUAGCAAAAAUGCUGCAGGUGCAUCUCCAGAAACCGUAUCCACCCAAUUAAAUAUGGAUUACGGUAGGAAUCUGACUGCAGAGGAAGCUGAAUACAAUGAUCUUCUGGAUUGUUUGGGCCCUCGUUUUCUUGAUUGGUGGGGGACUGGAGUACUCCCUGUUGAUGGUGAUCUGCUUCCUCAAACAGUUCCUGGUUUCAAGCCACCCUUGAGACUACUCCCUGCCGGGGUGCGUUUGGGAUUGACUAAUGCUGAACUGACCAAUUUGCGGAAACUCGCCAAGUCACUUCCUUGUCAUUUUGCACUCGGUAGAAAUAGGAAUCAUCAAGGCUUGGCAGCUGCUAUAAUUAAGCUAUGGGAAAAGAGUCUAGUGGCAAAGAUUGCUGUAAAACGUGGAAUUCAGAAUACUAACAAUAAGCUCAUGUCAGAGGAACUAAAGACACUCACAGGAGGCACCUUGUUGCUGAGAAACAAGUUUUUUAUCGUUAUAUAUCGUGGAAAGGAUUUCCUUCCGAGCAGUGUGGCUGCUGCUGUAUUAGAAAGACAGGAACUUACUAAGAAGAUCCAAGAUGCUGAAGAAAAUGCACGAACUGGAUCAUUUGAGGCUAGUAGCUCUCAUGAUGAUGAUGAAUAUGCUCCUGCUGGUACCUUAGCUGAGUUCUAUGAAGCCAAAGCAAGGUGGGGCAGAGAAAUAUCAGCUGAAGAACUAAAAAAGAUGAGAGAAGAAGCAUCUGCUGCUAGAACUGUGAAAGAAGUCAAGCGAAUUGAGCACAAGUUAGAUCUAGCUCAGUCGAAGAAGAUUCGAGCAGAGAGAUUAUUAGCAAAAAUAGAAGCAUCAAUGAUCCCUGUUGAUCCAUCUGAUGACCAGGAAACAAUUACUGAUGAGGAAAGGUUUACAUUUCGUAGGAUUGGCUUAAGAAUGAAAGCAUAUUUGCCUCUUGGUGUCCGUGGAAUUUUUGAUGGUGUUAUUGAAAAUAUGCAUUUACAUUGGAAGCAUAGAGAACUUGUCAAGUUGAUCACCAAACAGAAGACCCUUGCCUUUGUGGAAGAAACAGCAAGAUUGCUGGAGUAUGAGAGUGGCGGCAUAUUGGUUGCUGUAGAACGUAUUCCAAAGGGUUAUGCUCUCAUAUAUUAUCGCGGAAAAAAUUAUCAGAGGCCUAUUAGUUUGAGGCCUAGAAAUCUUUUAACAAAGGCAAAAGCACUAAAAAGAUCAAUUGCUCUGCAACGGCACGAGGCCCUCAGUCUACACAUAUCUGAAUUGGAGAAUAACAUAGACCAAAUGAAGAAGGAUAUUGGGGAUGGUAAAAUUGGAGAUGGAAAAGCCUCGAGCUUAGAGUUUGAUCAAAUUUCAGAUUUAAGCCAAAGUAUGUCAAUGAUUUACUCUGAUUUUGGUGACGAGGAAGAUGAUGACGCCAAUUUUUCAGAUAAUGAUCCUGUUGACUUCUCAAGUGAUGAAGAUUACGAUUAAUAUUUCCAUUGAGGAAUUCCGGAACCAAUUGUCAAAAUAGACGCCAUUGCUGAAGUCUCAAAUGAAGCAUGACACGGAGAUUGCGGAGCAGGAUGUUUGUACGUGUAUAUACGAGGAUUGUGUUCCUGUAUGAUCGUGGGAAACCUUCUACAGCUUUAUGGUAACCUGAUCUGUCGUGUGCAUUCCUGGAGAUUUACUAAUGUACAUCUCCUUGAUAGUGUGACAUGAAAAUUAGUUAGCUUGUCCUCUUUUAUUAGCAAUAAAUUAGCCUAUGUUUUUCUCCAACAAACGCUCUUUUCAUUCGGGGUCAUUAUGCCGUCGUUAGAUUGGUAUGCGCGAGUUUAUCAUCUUGAUUCUUGAUAUUGUUGCUAUCAAAAUAUAAGUAUGAGACAGAGUAAAGAGAUAGUAA